ACUUGUUCGGAAAGAAUUUCUUGUGAGUCUGCGACUACUUCUCAACCUUAAGCAGCAUAGCAAUGCCUCGAAGAACUGUUUAAAGUUGGAGACUCAUCCACCAAUGUACCUUUACGGUUUGUUAUUGUAAUUGUUGUUGUACCUGAGAGCAAGGAUUAUAUUCCAUCCACGUUUUUGCAUCGAAGUAUUCAAGAUGCACCAACAAUAAUGUACAUGAACGGGAACCACAUAUCUGCUAUGAAAUUGUUUUAACGGGCGCUAUCAUGAAACUUCCUUCAUAAAAUGAACAAUCGUUUCUUGCUGAUGUAAACAGUUAUGGCAAUGAUAGCAUGAAGUGUCAAAGUAGUCCAGGUAGAGAAAAAUGAUUUCGACAAUGAAUUAUAACAAAAAGAAUUUUGAUUAAAUGCUUAAAAUAUGCAUAUUUAAUUUCCCUGAAAUUGGUUUUGGAUGUCUGAGUGAUUUACAAAUAACACAUAUCUAUGGCCGAGUUCAAAAAGAUUAUAUGCUUCAUUCUUCUUAUGAUUACGCGAGUGGCGCUAGCGUCUUUAAGGCGUGAUUUGCGAAUUUUGGCUCGAAUACUUCCCGGAGAGUAUAGCAACCUAAAACAGUAUCACAAUGACGCUUAUUUGUCAAAUGCUGUACCCACACGAGAACGACAUAUCUUCUUUUGGUCACGCUAUACACCGAUUCAACUGCCAUCUUUGGACGAUGAUACUACAAACUUUUAUGUGGAACAUUUUAUGGACAAAUCAAUUAAACCAGCUCAGCAAAAGAUAUACAGUUUCCUCCAUGAUCCAGUUCAAAAUUCUAUCCGAAUGGAAGUUUAUAAAUUGGAAGAGAUUGGUGACAUCCGUAAUUCACGUGCAGCAAGAUUUCAGUUACACAACAUGACCAGUGCUGAACUCUAUUCCAACAGAGAAUGUGACAUGUUUUGGAGACGAUUAGGAAUGCGAACUUUUGCGGCUGCUACUGGACCGCAGUGUGUAGCAAAUAUGAAAGGAGAAAAGGAUAACGUUCUCAAUCUUGUUGGACGUCAGGUUCGAAUUCUUGUCUCAAUUGUAUUGACUCCAACAUACAUCAACACUCAGGAAGGAUGGUAUCGUGUGUCAGACGGCAGUAAAAUCACGGCGAUCGGAGUACCUUAUAAACUAAUGAAGAUAAAGAAGAUAAAACAAAAACUGCUCGCUCCGACACCUCGUGUCACGUCAUCUAGAGGCAGGAGGUCGAGAUUACGUUUUGGCAGAUCACGAAAAUUUCAGAAAGAUUCACCGAAGUUAGCUAAUCUGUAUAUAGGACCCUGGGAGUUACGUGAUUUGGUUAGUCUGGCAGGAGCUUUGAUGUCCGGCCAUAGUGUAAGGUAUACGGUGAAUCUUACCAAUUGUUUCCUGGUUUCUGGUACUACGGUGGACCGUCUAUCAUUCGGAGAUUACGUUGAUACAUUUGAAAUAUUUAAAGACAGUAAAAAGAAAGAGAUCAUACGGCUGGAAUUUUCUCACCACAAAUUAAUUCACAGUGAAACGGGAAUGGUCUACGACGCUGAGGUAGUGUCCGGUAAUAGCGAUAGCAGCAACAAUUGCAGCAGCGGCGGUGGCAAUACCAGCAGCGCACUGAGAAGUAGCGCCACCUACGAUGGCAAUAGCGACAGCUAA